AUGGAUCAACUUUCUGCAUAUGAACCUAAUCCUGAUAUGAUGCACUAUACUACUCGGUUCAUAGAUGGUUUAAAACCUGCUGCUCGUGUAAUUGUGGCUGUUCAACGCCCCCCAGAUCUCGAUACUGCAUAUUGUAUUGCAUCUAUGCAGGAAGAGGUGGGCGACGGCGAGACCGAGCUUAAUUCUUCGAGGUACAGUCGACAACCAAGUUCCUCUUCAUCGAGCCGUCAGUACAAGGCUAAACCUCCCGAUGAGCUUCGUGAGCCCAAUGUCAAACCAACUCAGGCGGAUGAUAAAUUAGCUACCCUGAAAGCAUAUCGUCGUGCAAAAGGACUCUGUUGUAUCUGCGGUGAACGUUGGGGCCGUGAUCAUAAAUGCAACGCAACUGUGCAAUUACAUGUGGUGCAAGAGAUGUUGGAAUUCUGUGAUCUGACUUCUCCAGACUCUGAUGACAGUGCUGAUGAUUUGAUGGUCUUGUCGACAGAAGCUCAGUCUGAUAAAUCUGAACCCAGUGCUAUCAAGCUCAGUUGUCAGUUGCAAGGGGAAUGGUUUGUGUUUCUGUUGGACUCGGGUAGUUCCCAUUCUUUCCUCAGUGCUAAGGCAGCAGCAAUUGUUCCGGGGCACAAGCUACUAGCUCGUAAGCAACAAGUUCGAGUGGCAGGAGGGGGUCAUCUUGAGUGCACUCAUAUGAUACCAAAAUGUUCUUGGUCAGCAGAUGGAUACAAAUUCAAGUCUGAUUUCAAAAUCUUGCCAUUGCAGUUUUACGAUGGGAUCAUUUGUAUGGAUUGA